GUCGUAAGCACGCGCCUACGUCACUUUACUCCAAUGCGGAAGUGGUCGUCAUCGCUAAAGCAACCGUUUAAAGCCCGAAAAUGUCGUGGAUAAGGGAAGGUGAAUUAAACCUGAUUGAAAAGAUAUCCGCCAACAUCCUGAAGGCUGGACCCAUGCCUAAACAUGUUGCCUUCAUCAUGGAUGGUAACCGCCGCUUUGCACGUAAGAAACAAAUGGAGCGCCAAGAAGGGCACAUGCAGGGCUUCAACAAGCUGGCAGAGACAUUACGUUGGUGUAAGCAUCUGAACAUCCAAGAGGUUACAGUGUACGCCUUCAGCAUUGAGAACUUCAAGCGCAGUCAAAACGAGGUGGAUGGGCUCAUGGUGCUGGCCAAGCAGAAAUUUGAAAAGCUGUUGGAGGAACGGGAGAAUCUGGAGAAACAUGGCGUGUGUAUCCGGGUGCUGGGCGACUUGAAUAUGCUGCCUCUCGACCUUCAGCAGCUUAUUGCCAAAGCUGUGGUCUCAACCAAGACGCACAAUAAAUGUUUCCUGAAUGUGUGCUUUGCAUACACGUCCAGAUAUGAAAUCACUAAUGCAGUCAGAGAAAUGGCUUGGGGGGUGGAGCAGGGCCAGAUCAAAGCAAGUGAUGUGUCAGAGGCGUUGCUGAGUGAGUGUUUGUACAGCAAUAAUUCUCCAAAUCCUGACCUGCUCAUCCGCACCUCUGGGGAAGUGCGACUCAGCGACUUCCUUCUCUGGCAGACUUCCCACUCCUGUCUGGUGUUUCAGUCAGUUCUGUGGCCAGAGUACUCGUUCUGGAACCUGUGUGAAGCCAUUCUCCAAUAUCAAUUAAACCACACAUCCAUUCAGAAAGCCAGAGACCUCCAUCGAGAGCACCAGGCCUUCGUGCAGCUGGAGGCGGACCGCGCCUGUGUGGCGGAGCACCUGCAGCAUCAUGGGAACGGAAAGCCUGCUGACGCCCGCAGAAGACAAGAGGCACUACAGCACUACGCCACCUGCCGGGAAGAACGGAUUCACGACUUCCUGGAAGCGCUGCAGAACAGGAGAGACUCCUACUAUACUGACUUAUUGAGCGACGCCGUGGUAGCCUAGAGGCUGCAAAGAACCAACCCCCAUGUUGAAGUGGGGAUGAAAGCUCUCCUCUCCUCUUCCAGAAAGAGCUGCUGUGGAAAACUAAAGAGCGAACACUAAAUGGGAAUGGUUGAAUUUGUGAUUUGUACAAGAAGAGAGGGCAAUUUUACCCCUAUGGGGCUGUAGAAAAAAUAAUAUUUAAGAGUCUAAUAUGUGGAAAUGUCUGGUCAAGAUGUAGUUAGGUUAUUGUGAAAAUGUUCUGCCAAAUGCAUGCUAUUGACUGUGAGUUUGAGAGAAAAACAGGGAACCUGUAUGGUGGUUCCUAACAAGCCGUCCAGAUAAAUAUAAUACAAUACAGCAGAGCUCUGCAUUUAAUGUUGUGGCCCAAACAAAUUGUUGAUUGUUGAGUGUGAUGUCAAAGACAAUAACUAGAUUUUGACCAGCUUUCUUCAACAGAAUAAAUAAAGUGAUUACUGUAUCAGAAAUGAA